CAACUCCAUCUAUCUCCGCACUUUGCUACGUUCCUUGGGCAUUCUCGCUGUCCUUUGAACUUCUCCCGUUUUCGUUUACGUCCGAUUUUCGCAUUUCCUUUGUGUUGUUGGGGCGGUUCCAGGUCCGGCACACUCAACCUUUGCGUAAACUCUCGUCGAGUCUACGUUGCGUAAUCGAUUUGAUUGCCUUUCCAUCGCUCAGCGCUUUCCGUCGAGAUGAGCUCAGAAGAACAUAAGAAGAAGCUUCUUGAUGCUUCUGGUGCCGAGAAGAAAGAGGAACUCGAUACCUCUACGGCGAUUCUGAAGAAGAAGAAGAAGCCCAACUCCCUAAUUGUUACUGAUGCCGUGAACGAUGAUAACUCUACAAUCUCCCUCUCCAACAACACCAUGGACACCCUUGGGCUCUUCAGAGGCGACACAGUCACAGUCCGAGGCAAAAAGCGCAAGGAGACUGUUUUGAUUGUGCUUGCCGAUGAUGAUCUCGAUGAUGGAAGCGCCCGCAUCAACAGGGUCGUCAGGCAUAACUUGCGCGUAAAGCACGGUGAUAUCAUCACAGUUCACCCUUGCCCUGAUAUUAAAUAUGCUAAGCGUAUCGCCGUUCUCCCCAUUGCCGACACCGUCGAGGGCCUCACAGGUUCUCUUUUUGAUGUCUACCUUGCUCCUUACUUCCGAGAUGGGUACCGACCCGUGAAGCAAGGCGAUCUCUUCACAGUAAGAGGUGGCAUGCGACAAGUUGAGUUCAAGGUUGUCGAGGUGGAUCCCCCAGAGUUCGGUAUCGUUGCUCCGGACACUAUCAUUCACAGUGAGGGGGAGCCCAUCCAGCGUGAGGAUGAGGAGAACAACUUAAACGAAGUUGGCUACGAUGACAUCGGUGGAUGCCGAAAACAGAUGGCUCAGAUCCGUGAAUUGGUCGAGCUGCCGCUUCGUCACCCUCAACUCUUCAAGUCCAUCGGUAUCAAGCCUCCUCGUGGUAUCCUUAUGUACGGUCCUCCCGGUACUGGUAAGACGCUUAUGGCUCGUGCUGUGGCCAACGAGACUGGCGCUUUCUUCUUCUUGAUUAACGGUCCUGAGAUCAUGUCCAAGAUGGCUGGUGAAUCUGAGUCGAACCUUCGCAAGGCUUUCGAAGAAGCUGAGAAGAAUUCGCCUGCUAUCAUCUUUAUCGAUGAAAUAGACUCGAUCGCACCUAAGCGUGAGAAGACCAACGGAGAGGUUGAGCGCCGUGUUGUCUCCCAGCUUCUGACUCUUAUGGAUGGUAUGAAGGCGCGCUCUAACGUCGUCGUCAUGGCCGCCACCAACCGUCCUAACUCUAUCGACCCCGCUCUUCGCCGCUUCGGCCGUUUCGACCGUGAAGUCGACAUUGGCAUUCCUGACCCUACCGGCCGUCUUGAAAUUCUUUCGAUCCACACCAAGAACAUGAAGCUUGGAGAGGAUGUCGACUUAGAGACCAUCGCUGCUGAGACUCAUGGUUACGUCGGUUCCGAUCUUGCUUCGCUCUGUUCCGAGGCUGCCAUGCAGCAGAUCCGUGAAAAGAUGGAUCUGAUCGAUCUCGACGAAGAUACCAUUGAUGCGGAGGUCUUGGACUCACUUGGUGUUACCAUGGAGAACUUCCGUUAUGCCCUUGGCGUUUCCAACCCCUCUGCUCUCCGCGAGGUUGCCGUUGUCGAGGUCCCCAAUGUUCGCUGGGAGGAUAUUGGUGGUUUGGAGGAGGUCAAGCGCGAACUUAUCGAGAGCGUCCAGUACCCUGUCGAUCAUCCCGAGAAGUUCCAGAAGUUCGGUCUGUCACCUUCUCGCGGUGUUUUGUUCUAUGGUCCUCCUGGUACUGGUAAGACCAUGCUUGCAAAGGCCGUCGCCAACGAGUGCGCCGCAAACUUCAUAUCCGUUAAGGGCCCUGAAUUGCUGAGCAUGUGGUUUGGUGAGUCUGAGAGCAACAUUCGUGACAUUUUCGACAAGGCUCGUGCUGCUGCUCCCUGUGUUGUGUUCCUCGAUGAACUGGACUCCAUCGCCAAAUCUCGUGGCGGCUCCGUCGGAGAUGCUGGGGGUGCUUCCGACCGUGUCGUCAACCAGCUUCUGACUGAAAUGGACGGAAUGACCUCGAAGAAGAACGUUUUCGUCAUUGGUGCCACGAACAGACCUGAGCAGCUCGACGCUGCCUUGGUGCGUCCCGGCCGUCUCGACACUCUGGUCUACGUUCCUCUGCCCGACCAAGCCUCUCGUGAGGGUAUCCUCAAGGCUCAGCUCCGCAAGACUCCUGUCGCUUCCGAUGUCGACAUCGAGUUCAUUGCCAGCAAAACUCACGGCUUCUCUGGUGCUGAUCUCGGAUUCGUCACCCAGCGAGCUGUCAAGCUUGCUAUCAAGGAAUCCAUCUCUGCUGAAAUUGAGCGUCAGAAGCAGCGUGAAGCUGCUGGUGAGGAUGUUAAGAUGGAGGAUGAGGAGGAAGGCGAAGACCCCGUGCCAGAACUCACGCGGGCUCAUUUCGAAGAGGCUAUGAAGACAGCCCGACGAUCUGUCAGCGAUGUGGAGAUUCGCCGAUAUGAAGCUUUCGCUCAGAGCCUGAAGAAUUCCGGCGGCAGCUCUUUCUUCCGCUUCCCCUCUGCCAAUGAGGCUGCGGAUAGCGGCAACACAUUUGGUGAAGCCGGUAAUGACGACAGCCUCUAUGAUUAAGUUCCUUUCAUUUUUUUACUCAUCGCUUUAUGUGUCGACACUAGCUAGAUCUAGCCGAGGUGUGAAUGAAUGUUCCUGGCGAUAGGGAACGAUUCUACUCGGUAUACUGAACGAAGACAUUGGUUUUGACUUGUG